AUGGACAAGGAGGAGCGGCACAGUAACAGUGAAGAAACGCACGUGUGUGAAAAAUUUGCUGAGUUCUUCACCUGGGCCGAACUGUAUGAGCACCAGAGAAGCUCCACAGAGGACCCAGCUCAGGUCCUCAUUGUGAAGGAAGAUGAGGGGAUGCCUGGACCUGAGGGAUCCCAAGCUGGAUCCUCCCGAACCCCCAGCCUGGCCCUUCUUAGCCUGGCCCCCAGCAACUCAGCAGACAUUGAGUCAGUGGACGGGGGCCUUGAGCUGGUGGAGCCUGUGAAUGAUAAUGAUAAUGACAGCACAGAUAUGUUAGAGGAGAUGAACAUGGGAGAGAGGGAGGAUGAAUCCAUGGAGAUGGAGCAGCAGCACCACGACAAACAUAAGUCAUCUGGCCCCCAGAAUCCCCCAGAAAGAACCGAGUUGGCCAUCCCUUCAUUUCAGUCGUCCGCUGUGACCAACAGCAUGCCCAGUACGAACGUAACGCUGGAGAUCCUCCACAGUACCCAGGUGGCUGUGGCCCAGUUCUCCCAGAGCCUCCACAGUAGUGGGGCAGGAGGGAAGGCGGCCACAGCAGCCAUCCUAGUGAUCCUGGAGCACCUGCUGGCUUUGCAACAGCAACAGGUCCACCAGUUGCAUCUUAUUGAGCAGAUCCGUAGCCAGGUGGUCUCCAGGGCCCUAUCACUGGCACCGAACCCUUUCCCCUUCCAAGGUCUCAUCGCUCCCCCUGUCCUACCACAGUAUGGGACGAUACCCUCUGCCGUCAAUGGACAAGUGUCUGUGUCUUUGGCAUCUGUGCUUGAGAGGUCCCACACACUCACCUCACAAACUUCAUAUGGACAGGCCCACACGAGAGAUGUUAUAUGUACCUCAGCUCCCUCGGACAACUCUGCCCCUCCCCCUACUAGCUGCAACAAUAUUUCCUUAUUACAGCCUACCUACACGGGUUCACAUACAAGUGGUAGCUGUACUCAGACCCAGACAUCGUCCAGCCCACUGUCCAUGCAGGGUCAGAGCAACAGUCUCCUCAGCUCACCAUCCAGCCUGCCGUGUCUACCUCAGAGCCCCCCCAGCAGUGUCAUCUUCCCCAACCCCCUGGCCAAAAUCACAGCCACGACUAACGCUCUCGACCCCUUCUCUGUCCUGAUGAAGCACCACCGGAAUGGCAAGCUGCCCAAUGUGUCCAUGUUUGACACCAAGCCCAGCCCUGAGCAGCCCUUUUUCAAGCAUAAGUGCAGGUUCUGCGCCAAAGUGUUUGGCAGCGACAGCGCGCUGCAGAUCCACCUGCGCUCUCACACUGGGGAGAGGCCCUUCAAAUGCAACAUCUGUGGCAAUCGCUUCUCCACGAAAGGGAACCUGAAAGUCCACUUCCAAAGACACAAAGAAAAGUAUCCCCAUGUUCAGAUGAACCCUUAUCCAGUGCCAGAAUAUUUAGACAAUGGAAUGUCAUUCCCUCCUGAAAAACCAGCAGCCACUUGGCUGGAUAGCAAGCCUGUUUUAGCGCCCUCUAUGGGCCUUCAGCUUCCCUCCACUCUCACUACUAUGGGAAGCUCAAGUGACUUUCUAAGUGUCACACUAUCCAUCAAAUCCCCUUUUAGGCCCUCCCCAGACUCAAGUGAAUGUGUGUCUUUGUCGCCGAACACUACAGGCAAUGAAACCAGUGUUCCCACAGCUUUAGAGUCUCCACAGUCUAAUCAGGAGGGGGAAGCCUCCAACGUCUUGAAAGCAGAGGAAAUGCACCUGCCCCAAAUCUGCACGACUAAACCCAGGGUGAGUCCAAUUACUGUGACAACAAGUACAGCCAUGAUUAUGACCACAUCCACACCUGAGCCCAGUGCUCCAACUUCCCCCGUUUCCAACUCCUCACCACUUUCCCUGGCCUCUGACCUGUUCAAAGCCAAGUUUCCAUUCGGUGGCCUCUUGGACUCUAUGCAAACGUCAGAGACCUCAAAGCUCCAGCAGCUGGUGGAGAACAUAGACAAGAAAAUAACAGACCCCAACCAAUGUGUCCUCUGUCACCGCGUGCUUAGCUGCCAGAGCAUGCUGAAGAUGCAUUACCAUAUCCACACUGGGGAGAUGCCCUUUCAAUGUAAGGUCUGUGGCAGGGCUUUCACCACCAAAGGAAACCUUAAGACACACAUUGGUGUCCACAGAGCAAACCCUCCUCACCGGGUUCAACAUUCAUGUCCCAUCUGCCAGAAGAAGUUCACCAACGCUGUAGUGCUACAGCAGCACCUUCACAUGCAUAUGGGGAGUCAGAUCUUAAACUCACCGUUAAUGGACGGCCUGCAGGACCUGGACAUUGAUCUCUCCUUCCAUGAGAAAAGCUUUGACAGCCUGAGUAACUAUGACAAUGACCUCAUGGAUGACAACUCCAUGGAGGAGGAUGACGAAGAAGAAGAAGAAGAAGAAGAAGAAGAAGAAAAAGAAGAAGAAGGUGUAGAUCCCCUCAAACCCCUGAGCUCUGUCUGUAGUUCUCCUCCCUACUCUGAUGCUGUUGUCUCCAGCAUAGCUGCACCGGAGAACCAAAUGAAAAUGAUAGACUCCACCAUAAACCUAAACCACUCCUUUGGGCUAAAGUCAAUGAUGAAUGGAUGUAUGGACAGUGAACGCUGCGCUGCUAUCCACUCCUCUACAGUGGGAGAAGGACAGAAUCACAAUGCAGCCGGCAGCCCAACCGUGUCUGAAUCGUCCACCUACAUGCAUGUACCAGUGUCACCUGCACAAAGCAACUCUGAGGUCCACCUCUGCAAAUCCCUGUCUGGGAAGCACAGUGGAGAGUCCCAAGAGAUCACAGCCUCAGUGAAGAGUGAGCAAUCUGAUUCGCCCACCUUGACUCCGGUACUGGAAAAUGGAGUGGCCCUGGAUCUGAGAGAACGUGGUAAGAUAACAAUAUCAACUGAUAAUAUCAAUUGUAUAGAGUAGGUGUAAUAACAAUGUAAAACGGUGUUCCAUUUUUAAAUGUUCUACUGUAUAUCACUACAACGGUUGAAAAUGUUGUUUUCCCCCUUCACUAUCUAGCAAAUGUAGAUCUCACUCAUUUACCCCCAAAACAUUUUAAAACUCUAAAACAUCCCUUUAUCUAAUUGUUUUAGGUGCCAGCCAAAGCAUUCCUGGCCUGGUUACCAGCAUUGUGCCAAGGAUGAUCAAAUCUGAAAUGAAUGGGUACCAUCGACCAAUGAACUUCAACGAGGGGCUGCAUCAUCCAUUUGGCCUCCCGGUCCCUGCCACUCCUCCAUCUCUGGUGAGCCCAGGAAUCACCUCUCUGCUUGGGCCACCUCAACCUCGACGGACCCCUAAGCAGCACAACUGCCACACCUGUGGAAAGAACUUCUCCUCAGCCAGUGCUCUACAGAUCCAUGAGAGGACCCACACAGGGGAGAAACCUUUUGGCUGCACCAUCUGUGGCAGGGCAUUCACAACUAAAGGAAACCUGAAGGUACUACACGUUUAUUUUGGAUUGUAAUUACUGCAUUUAUUACCCAAACACGCUAAAGAAUCAGUGCCUGUUGUUCAAACUAUUUUAGAAUAUUUUCAGCUUAGUUUAUAGAUGAAAAUGCUAUAUGGUCUAUCCCCUCUCGCCCAUUCCUCUUUAGGUACACAUGGGCACUCACAUGUGGAACAAUGCACCAGCCAGAAGAGGCAGGCAUCUGUCGGUGGAGAACCCCAUGGUCUUGUUGGGUGGGGAAGCUGCCAUGAAGUUCGGAGAGAUGUUUCAGAAGGACCUGACGGCACAGGCCAUGAACGUGGACACAGGGUUCUGGAACCACUACACAGAAUCUUUAACCAAUGGCCUGGCCAUGAAGAACAAUGAGAUCUCAGUGAUCCAGAAUGGGUGGAUUCCACAGCUUCAUGCCAUGACGGCAGGAACGGACAGAGUCAGCACUGGAGGUAGCCCACCAAUGACCAGUCUAGGAAAGACAGCCAUGGACCUUGGAAUUAACCGAUACUUUUCUAUGUUAAUUGAUGACAGUAAAAAGAUUGGGAUCAAUUGA